GCCCAUCCCAUCUCUCUGUGACAGUGGCACCCGCACCAGACUACAUGUUGAGGUGUUAUCUGAAAUUAUGAAAUAAAACAGAAGUAAGAGGUCUAUGAGCUCAUCAAAAUGCAGUCAUCUAAGUUCAGCUGUGAACUGCCAAAUUUGAGGAGUGAUCUGACAAAACAUCUUUUCUUUGCAAUUCAAGAAGACUUACCGGAGAGAACUGCUCAGAUAAUCUGCAACAUCCGGUUCCUGGAGGCAGCUAAGGAAUGAAGCAGGAGUGCAUGUUUCUGCCCAAAGCCGGGGUUUGGCCGAGGUGACUACACAUCCCCUUUCCUGGCUCCCAUAGGCUGAGUGCCUGGCUUCUUGAGAAGCCUGCUUCUUGAGAAGAAAAAAGUGAUUUAAAGCCUCAUGGGAGAUGAGCAAUCCUCAAGACACAAGCAGAAAAAGUCCCGGUGAUACAGGAAGCGAGUUCAGGAACCUGCUGGUUCCUGAUACAUAAAUUAGACAGCAGAGGCAGCACUGCAUGACACGAAGCUCGCUCUGCCUAGCGUCUGUGAGCAGCUGCCAGGCUCUGACCAGGACCCCUUCCUUCUCCUCACUGGCUGAUGGAUCCCAAGGGGCUCCUCUCCUUGACCUUUGUGCUAUUUCUCUCCCUGGCUUUUGGGGCAAGCUAUGGAACAGGUGGGCGCAUGAUGAACUGCCCAAAGAUCCUCCGGCAGUUGGGAAGCAAAGUGCUGCUGCCCCUGACACAUGAAAGGAUAAAUAAGAGCAUGAACAAAAGCAUCCACAUUGUCGUCACAAUGGCAAAAUCACUGGAGAACAGUGUCGAGAACAAAAUAGUGUCUCUUGAUCCAUCCGAAGCAGGCCCUCCACGUUACCUAGGAGAUCGCUACAAGUUUUAUCUGGAGAAUCUCACCCUGGGGAUCCGGGAAAGCAGGAAGGAAGAUGAGGGAUGGUACCUUAUGACCCUGGAGAAAAACGUUUCAGUUCAGCGCUUUUGCCUGCAGUUGAGGCUUUAUGAGCAGGUCUCCACUCCAGAAAUUAAAGUGUUAAACAAGACCCAGGAGAACGGGACCUGCACCUUGAUACUGGGCUGCACAGUGGAGAAGGGGGACCAUGUGGCUUACAGCUGGAGUGAAAAGGCGGGCACCCACCCACUGCACCCAGCCAACAGCUCCCACCUCCUGUCCCUCACCCUCGGCCCCCAGCAUGCUGACAAUAUCUAUAUCUGCACUGUGAGCAACGCCAUCAGCAACAAUUCCCAGACCUUCAGCCCGUGGCCCAGAUGCAGGACAGACCACUCAGAAACAAAGCCAUGGGCAAUGUAUGCUGGGCUGUUAGGGGGUGCCAUCAUGAUUCUCAUCAUGGUGGUAAUACUACAGUUGAGAAAAAGAGGUAAAACGGACCAUUACCAGACAACAAUGGAAAAAAAAAGCCUUACAAUCUAUGCCCAAGUCCAGAAACCAGGUCCUCUUCAGAAGAAACUUGACCCCUUCCCAGCUCAGGACCCUUGCACCACCAUAUAUGUUGCUGCCACAGAGCCUGUCCCAGAGUCUGUCCAGGAAACAAAUUCCAUCACAGUCUAUGCUAGUGUGACACUUCCAGAGAGCUGAUACCAAAGACCCAACAAAGGGACUCUCUGAAGGAAAAUGGAAAAAACAAAAUGAACACUGAACUUGGCCCCAGGCCCCAGGUUUCCUCUGACAGACAUGCUACACAUCUGUACCCUUCUUGGAUCAACUGCCUGGUGAUGUUUCUUCCACAUACAUCUGUGAAAUGAACAAGGAAGUGAGGCUUCCCAAGAAUUUAGCUUGCUCUGCCGUGGCUGCAGGCGCAGGACAGAGCGUUACUUGAUAACAGCGUUCCAUCUUUGUGUUGUGGCAGAUGAAAUGGAUAGUAAUGUGAGUUCAGACUUUGGGCAUCUUGCUCUUGGCUGGAACUGGAUAAGAAACACCAAAGACUGAAAGCCAGGACAUCUGAGUACCUAUCUCACACAGUGGACCACCAGUCACAAAGUCUGGAAAAGUUUACAUUUUGGCCGUCUUUACUUUGUUCUGGGAGCUGAUCAUGAUAACCUGCAGACCUGAUCAAGCCUCUGUGCCUCAGUUUCUCUCUCAGGAUAAAGAUUGAAUAGAGGCUGAAGGGUGAAUUUCUUAUUAUACAUAAAACACUCUGAUAUUAUUGUAUAAAAGAAGCUAAGAAUAUCAUUAUUUUAUUUGCAAAACCCAGAAGCUAAACAGUCAAUAAACAGAAAGAACGAUUUUGA